AUGGUCAAGCCACAGUGUACCGUCUCGCUGAUAAACAACGAAACAGUGUCGGUCGAAACCGACAUCCUGGAAUAUGCCACGCUGCUGGACCUCGGCAGCCGUCCGAUCCAGCCUCCGUCAAUGUCGCUGUCGCUGCCAAAUAUCCGCGCCCCGGUUUUGAAGAGUAUUAUCGAGUUCUACAGCCACCACCACGGCGAGCCCGUCCGCACCAUCGACGCGUCGGUCUAUGAGCUUGGUGCCAGCGUCGAUGAGAGCGAGACGCUGGCCCGGCAGCCCGCCUGGGAUCGUCGCUUUGCGAUGCAGCACCAGAACCAGUUGCUGGAGCUCAUUGCCGCAGCAAACCAGCUCGGCAUGGCGGCACUGCUCGAGGUCUGCGUCAGCGGCACGGCCAACUUGGCGGCCGAGCAGCCAGAUGUGCCUCUGCCGAGUCCCCUUGGUGUCUCGUUUGGGCUGUCUCCGGCUCAGGAUAUGGCCCUCAAGACGGAGAUUGCCAUGGACUUUGCCGAGCUCUGA